AUGGCCCGUACUAAGCAAACAGCUCGCCAAUCCACAGGUGGAAAGGCACCAAGGAAGCAGCUACAGUUGUUUAACGACAUCAUGUCUCAAUUUCAUGUGUCUGCUCUUACAAUUGUAAGACUUAUUCUUGCAAUAACAAUUGCGGCUUCACAAUCCCCGUUUGGCCUCUUCGAAGAUACUAAUCUCUGUGCAAUUCAUGCUAAGAGGGUCACGAUUAUGCCUAAGGAUAUUCAGCUUGCUAGGAGGAUUCGUGGAGAAAGGGCUUAA